CAGUUUUGCUUUGUGUUUUUGUGUUGGGGGAAGAUGGUAACCCCCUCGGAAUUAAUGCGCAAGCGAAGUUCACUUCUAUUUCUUGGAUAUAAUCUUGAUGUGGCAGAUGGUCAUCGAGCCGAACGGGGUAGUGGACAUAGCAGGGUAAUGAGAGGGGAAGCGGCAGCAAGAUCUUGUGGGAUGAGCUUGGUUUGGGGUUGUAACUAUAUAUCGUGUCCUACCCAGUCCUGACGAUUUAUGAACUCGAGUUUUGCUUUCUUGUUUUGUCUUUUUCUAGUAUUCUUCGACUGGCUGAUACCUUUUACACAAACCGAGUUGAUCCUGCUUGGUUCGUCCUUGAUGUCUCCAAAUCACCCCGCUACUACCAUCUCUCAGACCUCCAGCUACGACCGUAGAUUUCUCACAAGAGGGCAAGAGGAUCUACUCCGCCUAGUCAUGACCUGGCAGUUACUUCCCUUCACCCGGCGGUUCCUUUCCAACCUCCCCUUCCGUCCACUUCUCCCCUUCAAAGACCAAAAGCCUACCAACCCUGCAAUCAUCAAAGUCUGGGAAAACCGCAAACACUCACCGGGCUCAUCCGUUCCUUCAAACCGCGCUGCACGGGCGCGCAUCAGCCGAUGUGGAGGACGUGCUGGGUUGAGAUAACGACAACGAAUUACCUUCCUGGAAAUCAUCGAUGAGGCGUGGGACGAG